AUGAUGACUAUCUCUACUAUUUGGCUGUUGACUCUCUUUUCUGUCAUUUGUGGCGGUGGAGCUACCCAUGUUUACAGAAAUCUUCAGAGUGUAUCUUCUGAUUCCUCCGAUCAACCUUAUAGAACUGCUUAUCAUUUCCAACCUCCAAAGAAUUGGAUAAAUGAUCCUAAUGGACCAAUGAGAUACCGGGGAAUUUAUCAUUUGUUCUAUCAAUACAAUCCUAAAGGUGCAAUUUCGGGAAAUAAAAUCUGGGCACAUUCUAUAUCAAAAGAUCUUGUGAAUUGGACUCCACUAGAUCCUGCCAUCGAUCGAACACAAUCGUAUGAUAUCAAUGGUUGUUGGUCAGGGUCAGCCACACUGCUUCACGGAGGCAAACCCGUCAUUUUAUACACAGGAGUUGACUCCUUGCAUCACCAAGUUCAAAAUUUGGUCUACCCCAAAAAUUUGUCCGACCCAUUUCUUAGGGAAUGGAUUAAGUCACCCAAAAAUCCUCUUAUAGUUCCAACUGAUGUUAACAAGAUCAAUGCAAGUUCAUUUAGAGACCCUACCACUGCUUGGCUUGGCAAAGAUGGGUAUUGGAGGAUGCUUGUUGGGAGCAAAAUUAACACUAUAGGAAUGGCACUUUUGUACAAGAGCAAAGACUUUGUUAAUUGGGUUGAAGCUGAGCAUCCAUUAUAUUCAACCCUAGGCACUGGAAUGUGGGAGUGUCCUGAUUUCUUCCCAGUUUUGAAUAAGAGCAAAUCGGGUUUUGACACAUCGGUGAAUGGUGAUGAUGUUAAGCAUGUACUCAAGGUUAGUUUGGAUGACAAAAAGCAUGACUAUUAUCUCAUUGGGACUUAUAAUGCUACCAAGGAUAUAUUUAUCCCAGAUAAAGAAUUUAAGGAUAUUGAAUUUGUUUUAAGAUUUGAUUAUGGAAAAUACUAUGCCUCAAAAACGUUCUUUGACGAUGGAAAGAAGAGAAGAAUUUUGUUAGGUUGGGUGAAUGAAUCCUCAAGUGUUGCGGAUGAUAUCAAGAAAGGAUGGUCUGGAAUUCAUGCAAUCCCAAGGGUUAUAUGGCUGCAUAAAACUGGUAAACAAUUAGUACAGUGGCCAGUGAAGGAAAUUGAACAGUUACGUUCUCAUCCAAUCAAAUGGCAUAGCAAAAAUCUCAAGGGAGGUGAGCUGCUUCAAAUAAAUGGAAUCACAGCAACACGGGCUGAUGUUGAAAUUUCAUUUGAAGUGAAUAGGUUGGGAGAGGCUGAAGUAUUGAACUAUUGGACGGACCCACAAAUUCUGUGUAGUACAAAGGGUUCAGCCGUUAGAAUUGGAUUGGGACCGUUUGGUUUGCUAGUUUUCGCUUCAAAGGGAUUGGAAGAGUACACAUCAGUGUUCUUUAGAAUAUUCAGAUACCAACACAAACAUUUGGUACUCUUCUGUAGUGACCAAAGCAGGUCUUCUUUGAAUGAAGAUAAUGAUAAGACCACUUAUGGAACUUUUGUGGACGUGAAUCCUCUUCACGAGAAGUUGUCGUUGAGAAGCUUGAUUGAUCACUCGGUCGUAGAGUCCUUUGGAGGAAAAGGAAAGGCUUGCAUGACAGCCAGGGUUUAUCCCACAUUGGCAAUCAAUGAUGAAGCACAAUUGUACGCUUUCAUUAAUGGAACUAAUGAUGUUACCAUCACAGAAUUGAGCGCUUGGAGCAUGAAGAAAGCACAAAUCAAUGGAAGUUAA